AUGGCCAUCGAUGGCCCGCAUCACGACCGCAUCUCCGACUUGCUGCACACCCAGACCAACGGAGGCAGCCAUGAUGACUCCCGAGCGACCUCACCCGGCGGUCUCGGCACCCGAAGCAUUGCGGGAGAUGCAGACGAUGCCACGGACGUCUCACGGCUGGGACGAACCCGACCGCGGGUCUUCCCCUACGCCAAAUACCUCCCCUACGAAACCGAGUCGCAGGAGCAGAAAGAAGCAGACUUGGACGAGAUGAUCAAGCACUUGUACAUCGCAGUCGCGUCAAGUGACUUCAUGCCGGGCGCCGUGCAUUGGACGAAGGAGAUUCGAGGAUGGAUGAGCUUGAAGUUUGACCUGACGAAGAAGCAGAGAAUCUCGUUGGUGAAGCUCUACUAUAAGCUCUCGCUCGCCCCGGGUCUCGAGUACUCGGUCGCUGAGCGAUUUGCUAGUAUGUUCAUGGUCCUCACCAAGCGCAAGCACUACCUUCGACCAGGCAAGGACCUGACGCUGGACUGGCGACCGCUGUACAAGGAGCUGAAGGUGUUUGUUCUGCCGUCUGAGAGCAGCACACAGAACACAUACAGCAGCAAGAGGAACAUUCGGACGUUGGCCAAGCUUUGCACGUUCGCACAGCUGUUCUUCGACCCAAAAGAGAUCCCGGCUAUGCUGGAGGAGUUUCUUCCGUACUACAGCAUGUCUUUCUCUGAACAAGCAUUUGUGGUGCUCGGCCUCCUCAACCUCAUGCUGCCAACCGCGCCGCCACCGGAAGAUGACGAGAAGCUGCAGCCGCAGUACUUCCUCCCAACAUUCUUCCAUUUAUGGUCUACCAUCAAUAGGAGCAUGAUGGUCGACAUGAAGAUGCUCGAUAUCUUCUCAAGACAGGCCAGAGACUGUUUAGUAGCAGAGCAUGUCCCCUUCAGUGCAACCGGCAUCUUCACGGAAGAACAGUCCUCACUCAUCUUCACAGCCGUACUACGUCUGCUAGAAAUCCCAGUCGGACAGGCGACCACACCAUACAGCGCGACUGUUGACGUCGGUGCAGGCAGCGCCAUCCUCCUCGACCGCGACGCACGCAAACAUCCCGUCUCACACAGCAUAGCACGCUGGAUCAUCAUGUCACUCUCCCCGCAAUGCCUCUCCGCCUCCAACAAUCGAAGCACCCUCCACCAACUCGAAGGGUUGAUCCAAGGUGUAGAGACGUUCUUCCAUCCGUCAAAUUCCGGCGGCUGGACCAAGCCUCUAGCACAACUUGUCUACUACCUCGCCGACUUCUUCGUCAUGCGCUGGAACCGAGAACAGACGGGCGAGUACGACGUCCCCGCCGACCGCAAACUCAACGAUGAGGUGAAGAAGAGGUUUGUCCUCUGUCUGAGGGACGUGGUGUUCAUGGGCAUCUACGCCAAGAGCGGCACGGCGAUGAAUUACAGUCUUAGUACGCUGCAGAGCCUGGCGUACUUGGAGCCUAAUCUCAUCUUACCCGGAGCGCUCCAGCGCAUCUACCCGGCUAUGCAGGGACUAGUGGAAGUCCACCGCACCAUCUCCUCCAUCCGAGCACUGCAGAUGCUUAGCAAGAUCAUUGCGAGGACGAAGGGGUAUAGAUGUCAUCUGACUACUCUCCUCGGACUGGCUCUACCCGGUAUCGACGCCAAUGAUCUGGACAAGACGAUGCAUAGUCUGGCUUUCGUACAGGCCGUCUGCUAUAACAUCCCCCUUGUUGACCUCACCAAAGUCUCGAAGAGGGAGCAUAGUGAUCUCAAUGGCGAUUUCGAGAUGGUGGAGGCGAGCAGCCCGCCUGUCACGGAGUCUGCGGGCACGGGUCUGGCUGUUGAGUGGAUUACUGGGCAAGUCACGAGGUUCGAGCAAGAGGGCCCAGCUAUUGAGGUGGAUUACAUGACCGAGCUGUCUGAAGAGGACGAGGAGGCCAUCUUGAAGUCCUCAACUGCUGGGUUUGCGGAGUUCAUCAUCUCGUUCAUGGGGAGGGUGUUUACACUCCUGCAGAAUCUACCGGAUGCUGCGCGUGUCAAGAGCGGGAGUCCUGAGGAGAAUGUGGUGAAUACGCUGCCUGCCACCUUCUCCCCAUUGCUGGCGAGUCUGAGCCCGGAACUCUACGAUCUUGCUCUUGAACAGGUUGCCAAGUUCGCCUCGAAUCAUGUCGUUCACCAGGCUCGGGAUGCGAUGGCGUUUAUCUGCAACACCCUUGUCAAGAUUUGGCCGAAGAAAGCGCUGCACCGACUCCUCCCGGAUUUGAUCAGCAGUAUCCGGACCGAGAUCAGCGAGAAUGGUGCUGGCUCUACCCGGACUACAGGCUCUGAAAUCCUUCCCCGUGAUCGGGCGCUGGUGUGGCAUGUCUCCCUCCUAAGCAUGUGCGUCGUGCAUGUUGGCAAGGAUGUCCUGGAUUUCAAGGAGGAAUUGUUCGACCUGGCCAAUUUCAUGCAGGAUACUUGCAAGGGGAUCCCGUUGGUGCAUGUCAGUAAUUUCGUGCAUCAUCUGCUUCUUAACCUUACGGUCACGUACACGAUCGAUUAUUCCCUUUUCAAUAAAGGGGACUUGGAUCGCGGGCUCAGUGCUGUGAAUUGGAGCGCUACGACUGAUCCGGGGAGUUUGGAGGUGCUGUGGCAUGUCCCCACGCAAGAGGAACUGGAAUACGCGGUCCGGGUUGCUGAGGCACAGGGUGGACGCGCUUUGAAGGCCUUGAAGCAGUUGAUUUCUGGGGAUGCUAAGAUUGCGCGGGAUGGCGUGGGGAAGGAUUGGUCGGAUGAAGUCAGUCGGAAUCUGGUUCUGCUGCGCUUGGUCAUUUCGGGAUUGUGUAGGUUGUUUCGAUCCGAUGACGGGACUGUUACGCCUUACACUUUCCUUGAUACGGCUGGUGAGGGUGGGGAGGGCAGUCCGAAGGAAUUGGAGGUCGAUGUGCCCUCGGAUGAGGACGACAGUGAUGAAGCGACUGGUUUCAGCAAUUCCGAGGAUGAGAAGGUGAAGAGGGCGUUUCAGUAUCCUACUGGAUAUCCGCUUGAGGUCGGCUCAGCACCUUAUGAUGCUGUGCAUGAACUUCGCAAGACGGCGGGAGAGACGUUGCAUGCUGUUCAUGAAUUUCUGGUCAAGCAUCAGGAAGACGAUGUGCCAUGUUUCAAUGCGCUUUACACGGCCUAUCGGUCUUGGUUUGUCGAUAUCGGGAUCGAAAGGAGCGCGCAUGUGUUGGAUCGGCUGACUCGACUCCUCUCCGCGGACAUUCAUCCUUUCAAGUUCUCAGGGACCAGGAAACAGUAUCCACGGCCGCUAUUGGUGAGACGGGCGAAUCUGUAUCAUUUCCAGCGAUUGAGGUUCAAUGAACAUCCCCGAGCAGCGUCGGAUCUGGAUAAGAUACUGCUUCUGGAUCUGGCUGCCAGUUCAACGAGCAUCUACACCGAUAUCCGCCGCACCGCCCAAUCCGCGGGCGAACAAGCCGUCAAAUCUAUCGUUGGCAGCAAACCUUUGAUCAUCCCACCGCUCCUCAACGCGCUUGAGGACGCCCUGAAGAAGAAUGAGCACCCUCGCAUCAAAGGCGCGGUGUUUAGUCUGCUCUUCGGCAGUCUGGCGAAGAGUGUGGGGCGGAAUUGGAAGUUUGCGCCUAGGAUGAUUCGAUUGUUCAUUCGGGUCAGUGAAGCGGAUAGGCCGAGUAUUCAGAAGUUGGUGGCGAGUAGUAGUUUUACUAUUCAGGAUUUCACCAAGGCGAUGGAUCGGAUGGUUAUUCUGGAUCAGGAGGUGCUGAGGGGGAUUUGGCCUGAGCUUGAUGAUGGGGUGGAGGAGGUGCUCGGGGUGGGGAGGAUGAAGACGGUGGCCAGGACGAUCGAGGAGGCGGAUUCGGGGGUCCCGGCUAAGAAGGAGAGGAUUAGGAAAAGAAGGGUUGUGGUCGAGCAGGCGAAGAAGGAGCUGGCGAGGGAGCUGUUGAAGGAGGUGCAGACGAGUCAUUGGAAGAAGGCGAGUCGGACGGCGGUUAUGGUUAUCGGGCUGGAUUAUCGGUUUGAGACGGUCGCGUCGGAUGGGGUUGUUGAAUUGAUUACACGGGGGAUUAUCGACACGCAUCCCGCGCUAAGGGCGCUGUAUUCGACUAGUUUGAAUGCGGUUUUUAGUCUUGCGCAGACGAGGGCGUUGGUCCAGCAUCGGUACGAGAAUUAUCUGCUUGAUGCGCAGUUUGAUCCGGAUGAGGUUACCAUUCCGACGGAGAGGGAGGAUGAGGGGUGGACGCAGAGGUACCUCGACGCUUUUGCAAAGCCGGAGACGGAGGCGUAUAUUGAUAAUGAUUACCCUGGUUGGCUGGUCUGGAAGGAUACGAUGAAAGGUGCGCAGACGGGCCCGACGAACUUGGUGUAUGAUGAGGUGGAGAUGAACGUUCGCCGGAAGAUGGGCUCUUUCAUUGAUCGGCAUUGGUUGUCGACGUACUUCGGGUAUAUGAAGCAGGAGCCGCGGGAUCAGCAUGCGGAUCGUUUUAGGAUUUCGAGUUCGAUGAUUGUGGCGUAUGCGCUUGAUCUCAUGGCUGCGGGACUCACGGUUGCCAAGUGGCAGGAUUUCAAGGAUCUGACGCUCGCGGUGCAUGGGGAUGGGAGUGAUAAGCAUCAGCAUCGGGCUAUGGCGGAGAUUAUGGGCGCGAUGUUGUCGAGUGCUGAGGAUUUUGAGCAAGGUUUUCGGGAGGAGAUUUGGGGGUUUGCGUUCCCGAUUUUGAGGAGGAUUAUGGGGGACGGGUUGACGCCGGAGAAUAUUGGGUAUUGGUCUACGCUUGUCACGCUGGUGGUGGGUGGGAAGGAUCCGAGGAGGGCGUGGCCGUUGGUCGAUUGGUUGGCCGGGUUCAGGCUCGAUAUGCAGAGUCAUGCUGCUUUCAAGGAGAGCUCGAAGAUCCAGCUUUUGCAUUUGGUCAUUGGGGCUGUGGGGUGGCAUUUCCAGCUUGAGAAGCCGGUGGUCAAGGACUUUUUGGAGCAUAUUGAUCAUCCUUAUAAGGGCGUGAGGGAGGUUAUGGGCACGAUGUUGGCCACGACUUUUAAGACGAGGUGGCAUGAGUCGUAUAAGGAUGUUCCGACGUUGUUGCAGGCGCAGAGGGAUGCGCAGGGAAGUGUCGGGACGAGACCGUACGUGCCUACCGAGGAGUACACGGAGAUCAUGACCGAUGUCUUCGAGCGGCUCGAGAAGUGGCGACUGGAACGACCGGCUGGGAUCCAGACACCUACGCCUUACACCCAAGCCAGCAAGACUGUCUUGCUAUGGCUCGACACCACCCUCUCGUCCUAUGACUGCACGGUCCUCGUGCCUUUCUUCCCGGGAAGUCUGAUGACGCAAUUACUGCAUAUGAUGGACAUCAAGGAGGAUCCGGAAUUGCAGGCGCUGGCUUACCACGUCUUCCGGCAUCUUCCCAACAUCCCUCACAACACCACCGAAGACGAGGCUUUCAUUAAAGCGUUGAUCAAGAUUGGGAAGGAGAGCACUUCUUGGCAUCAACGGUUGAGGGUCCUCAUCAACAUCCAAGUCAUCUACUUCCGCCACCUCUUCUUGCUUUCGGCCGAGCAGGCUCAGGGGUUGUUGAGGUGCGUGAGGGAUAUGUUGCAUGAUGUGCAGCUUGAGGUUCGGCUGGGUGCCGCGGCGACGUUGUCGGGCAUGGUGAGGUGUUCGCCGUUGGAGUUUCGGACGAAGAGUGUGGAGGAGCUGAAGAAGCAUUUUACGAAUCUUCUUGUUAAGAACCCGUUGCCGAAGAAGGCUCGGGCGGGCGUGGCGAAGGACGGGUCUGGGACUGCUACGCCGACUCCCGAGGGGAAUAAAUUGGUGCUUACUCGGCAUGCGGCUGUGCUUGGCCUUGGGGCUCUGGUUCAGGCAUUUCCCUACACUUCUCCGCCUCCGGCUUGGUUGCCUGGUGUCCUUGCUACCCUGGCUGGCAAGGCAGCGAGCGAUCCAGGUACGGUGGGCAAGAGUGUCAAGAGUAUUUUGAGUGAUUUCAAGAAGACGAGGCAGGAUACUUGGCAUGUUGACAUGAAGGUCUUCACGACGGAGCAGCUGGAGGACCUGGAGGGAGUGUUGUGGAAGAGUUAUUUUGCUUAA